AUGUCUACCUCAGGAGAUCCUGUCGCUGGUAUGCCCGACGUUGAUGUCCAGACGGAUGUUCCUCGUAUGCGUGAUGCUAGUACACAGACAGAUGCCCGCGAGAUAAACCCUGGUCCCGAUAAAAGCCUUGUCGUCCCUUCAAUCCCUAGCGCCGCAUGUCCCGUCAAACCCGAGGUCAGCGUCAGAAUCGUUAAUGGGAAGCGCAUAGUUGAGCUUCUAGGCUGUGGAAACGACCGCAGGGGAAGAUACAGACCCCCCUAUCGCUCAACUCAUAAGGUAAUCAUGGUAACCAUAGACACCUUCUGGCCUCCUCGCCACAGCAAGGUUAUUGCUCCGAAUACCACGAACAUGAACAUCUUGCUCAGAGCGUUAAACUACCUGCUUGGCCAGAAGUGCGACGCGGUGCUGCGCCACCGCAGCGAGAACCCCGACUGCCCGCUUGAGCACUACACACGCCAAAUCCAGAAGUACGAGGACCCUGCGGUCAGGGAAGCAGCAUGGGAAGCAGCGAGGAUGCCACGACCGCAGAGCUCAAGCCUAAAAUUGGACUAUAUCAACAACAAGGACGAGCUCGUCUCCAUACCCAACGGUGGUAGGCUGAUCUUCAUACGCCGCAGAUCCGACGGCUGGACUGUCUUCCACGAGCCCGUCGAAAACGUAGCUGUGGAAUGCGUUAGGAAGAACGACAUCUGCCUCUGGGAGUGCGAAGAGGCGAUGGAUGAGAUCUACCACUGGUGCCGUGACAUGUUAAUUGGUUGUGGUCCCCCGUACAAUCCCUCCAGCUACCCCGAUCUCCUUAAGGUAUUUAUACCUGGCAUUAAACUCGACGGAACUGACCCGAGGGUGAGGGUGAUUUCCCGAACUAGUGCCUCAACUAGCACAAUUCCACUAUGGCCAGUUGUAACCCCCGAGGAGGUCAUGUCUAUGCUCCAGAACUGA